AUGCCACGUAAGAGAAAUAACACGAAAUUUACUAGAAAAUAUCAAGAACAAACAGGUUCAUUAUCAUCAAAUAAUGAUGAUGAUAAUAAUAAUAAUCGUGCUAAUGUUAACCCAUUAUCAUUACCACCAACAAGAUUCGGAUACGAAUUGUUGCUAGAUCAGUACAAAAUGAUUAUAGAUGAAAAUAAACGUUUAAAAAACCAAAUCGAAUAUUUUGAAAAACAGUUGAUGGACAAGGAAAAAGACGAUACUGGAAAUUUUCUACUUCGUAUACCUCGAGUUGCAUAUAAUCAAUUAAAUGAAGGAAAUGAAGCAGAAGAAGGAAUUGGAGAAGAAGGAGAUGGAGAAGAAGCAAAUGAAAAUGAUGGAAAACAACAACAACAAGAAGAUAAAGAUAAAGAUGAAGAAAAGAAAAAAAACGAAUUGAAAAAAAAGAUUAAGAAAAUAGCAAAUGUAUUAGGUUUAUCGUAUAAUGAAUUAAAAGGUUGUAAAAAGAAGCGGAUCACAAUAACAUGCCGCAAGGUUAUGAAACAGAUAUAUCAAUCACGUGAUGAACGGGCGAUGGGACGUAUUAAGACCAUGUGUCCAAAUAAAGUUCGGGCAAUUCGUUGUAAGUAUACUCUCUUGCUCGUAGAGAAGAGUUUUACAAGAAUAGAUUGUUUGCUUGAUUGCAUGCGGUCCGCAUUUUAUUGAAUGGCAGAAGAAUAAGUCAAAGUUAAAGAUAACUUUUCUGUAGAAUUUCUCUGAGAAUUGAUUUUUCAAGGAUUGCAUCGGGUUUUUGAAAAAUCAAAGAUUUUUGUUAAGGAUUCACCGAAAAAUAAUUGAGAUCGAAGAACGUGAAUUUGAGAUCAGAUUUUUAAAAUUAAAUAAAUCAAAACAUUAGUAGAACUCUGUCGAUCACGAUUUCUAUUAGAAAGAGCUGGGCGAAUCCUACGAUUAAUGCUACUCGUUCCAGUUUAUAAGAUCUAGUUUAUUACGACCGUUUUUGUUUUGUUUGCAAGGACUUCUCAAACAGUAUUUUAGAAACUCAUAUUGACAUUCGAUGACGAAAAAUACAAGAUUUACUAUAGAGUAUUGAACAACAUCCAAGGAUUGACUAGAUAAUCUGGAGAAGAUUUAAAGAAAUAAUACUUAAAGACAUACCGGAGAAAUUUCGUAUAAAUUCAUCUUGAAUUUAUCUUGUAUGUGCCACCCAAAAUGAUCAUCUUUCAUCAAUAUACAUGUAUAUAAUCUUCCACCACAUCUGUAUAACGACUGUGGACACACCAGCAAUCAAACAGACAAUUUAUAUUUCCAUGAUGCUUCUCUACGAGAAAUAGAAUAAUAUUCGUUUUUUUUCAUAUAACAAAAUAAUCUUAAAAUGAUUUUUUUUAUAGGUUUCGCCCGAUUAAUGCAUCAAAAACAAAAAAAAACACCAACUUACAUUCUGAAUAACGCCAUGGGCAAUGUUUUUGCCAAUGCGCGUCUAUAACAAAAAAAUAUGUUGUUGUUGUUGUUAAACAAUUAAAAUAAGAAGAAUUUUGUUAAAAACUUCUACUCAUAUAAUUCUCAUACAGGCAUGUUUGUUCGAGGAAUUGUCGGAUAGUUAUUAAUAAUUUUCAUCAGUAAGUAGUCGCUAUAAUUUGUCACAAAUUCAACAUUUUUUUCACAUUGAAUACGAUCAAUAUCAAAAAUUGUCUUAGUAAUAGUAGAAUAUAUUCCAACAAGAUCAUUCGCGUACAAAUCAAGAGUAUAUUCAUUGAAAAUAUCAAUUAAAAUUUUAUCAUUCAUAAUCGAUGUCAAUAGUUUAAAUUAAAAAAUUUGAAAUCGACUUUCGGAAUUGUUACUUGGAGUAGUUGUUGAUAGAAAUGUAUAAUGAUGUCGAUAAAAACAUCUCCAUUCUGUAAAUAACGAAAAAAAAAUUUCAUUCAUAUAAUUAAUAGAUUUUACUAAUCUUGUUGUUCUGUUUAUUUGAGAAUAAUAUUUAAUUUAAUAUCAUCAACAAUCAUUUUAAUGCGUUGAAAAAUUGAUGCUGUAAAGGUAUUCGUGGUACACAUAAACAAUGAAUUAUAAGUUAAAGUACUCCUUGUUUAAAUUCGUCUUUAUCAUCAAUCAAGGUUAAUAACGUACCAAAAAUAUUGAUAUAUCCUUAUUCGGAAAGUUCGUGCAAUGCAUCCUGUAAUGUAUCUUCGAAAUACAAGAGCUAUUAAAACUUUUUUUUUCUUGAUGGAGGUCAUGAACCAAUCGCGGCAAACGUGAUGUGUCGUAAUAAAAUUGUGCCUUCGUUAAAAUAAUAGUACCCAUAUAUCUCAAAGAUACAAUACAGGAUGACUUGCACGAACAUUCCAGACAAGGUAAUAUUUACUUAAUAAUUUUGUUACUGUUUCUAAUCCAUAAUCAUUAAUAAUUAAUUCUAAUACAUUGGAAACAAAAUUUGUAAAUGAAUACAAUGUUUGCUAUUGAACUCAAUAGAUGAAAACAUCAAAACAUUUUCCAUACAUAAAAUUUCAUUUAAAAUUGGGUAAAUUAAAUAACAAAUUUUUUUCGAUGAAUUCCUGUUUUUAAUAAACAUUGAUGAUAAAUAAACCUGUACAAAUAAAUGUUUGUAAAUGUAUCCGUUGUUGAAGAAUUUGUUUAAGAAUUUGAUAAGACGUAUUGCAUUUGUUUGACAUGCAUAAAAUUCGUAAGAAAACGUAUUUAUUACCAUCAAAGAACAUAAAUCAGGAAAAAUGAUAUGAAGACGACAAGAAAAUUCUCAUAAAACAUCUUCGAAAUGAAUAUAUACAUGAAAUAAAACAUUAUUAUCAGUUUAUGAUAAAGAUGUAUCAUGUGAUGAGAUAAUUUGUAACAUUUUUACGCAAGUGAAAAACACUUCACGAUGCACAUGAAUUAAAAAAAUAGAAAUCUGAAUUAUGUAGAUAUAUAAAAAAAACAUGAUCGAUGAUAUGGAUCUUUUGUAGAUAGAUGAAAUAGAAUAUCGAAAUAUUUUCGUUUGAAACGAUUUGAACGUUACCAGAAUAUGAAAUUCGAUCGAUUAAUAUUCGAUCAUAUAGAAUACGAAGAUGUUAUUGUGGAAAUCUACCAGCAAUAACAAUCAUUAGAACAUUUUUAUCUGGGUAGGUGUGGGUGUGGGUGUGGGUGUGGGUGUGGGUGUGGGUGUGGGGUGUGUGGGUGUGUGGGUGUGUGUGGGUGUGGGUGGGUGUGGGUGUUAUUCCCUUUGUUCCACUCGCACCCACACCCACGCACCCACACACCCACACACCCACACACCCACACCCACACCCACCCACUCCCACACCCACACCCCAAUAAAUAAUGAAGAAAAAGAUAAUACUAUAGGGUAAGUCAUCUCAUUCUGUUUCAUUAUGAUAUAACAUUGAUUAAAUUUUUUUUUCUGUUUCUUUCAGCUAUAAAUAUCAUCGUAUCAUCAACAGCAGACACGGUAAGUAAUUUUUUUUUCUUUUUUUUUGAGAUGAGAAUAGGUAGUGAGAUUGAGGGGUUAGGGUGAGUCUAAGAAAAGUGAGUGUUAGUAGAUAGUGGGUGAGUUAUGUUCAUUGACGUUAGGCUACUGUUAUCUUUACAGGACUUUCUGGUAGUUCCCAAAAAUAAACCAUUCCGUUUCAUCAAUUUAAUGUGAUUUAUUUGAGAGAAAGAAAAAAAAAUAAUCCAUCGUAAUGAGUUUAUUCGAUUGAAAAUCGUUGAACACGAUGAUUUCCGUAAUCGACGACAUAGAUAUUGCCAUCACGAUCGAAGGACAAACCAACGGGACAGCUGAACUGAUUUGCUCCUUCUUCUUUACCAUUUUCACCCACAAUAACGGUGCCCUGUUUCGCUUCUUUAGGCCAACGCAUCACGCGAUGAUUCAGCUGGUCUGCCACAUAGAUGCUACCCAAUGUAUCGACGAAUAGUCCGUUAGGAUUCGAUAAUUGUGUCAGAGCAUUCCCUUCGCCUUGACCUCCAGCGACGACAAUUCCUUCUCGUGCACCUUUAUUCCAUUUCAUCACACGAUGACUGUUGUUAUCUGACACGUAGACAGUCUGUUGUUGAUCGACAAAGAUGUAGGCCGGAUAGUUGAGUUGAUUGAGACCAGCACCUAGACCAUUGCCAUCAGCCACGAGAGUUCCAUUCCUGUCUCCUAUUUGAUAUCGUCUUACUUCAUGUUUUUCGGUGUCAGAGAUGUAGAGAUAUCUCUGAUCAUCCAUGGCCAAUCCACAACAGCUGAUGUUGUCGAUGAGGAUUUCUCCUUGAGUUGUACCACUACGACGAGGCCAUCGUACCACUCAUCGAUUCUGCCAAUCACAAAUAAUGAGACUAUCCAUCUCUUUGUCAAUCAACAUAUCGGGUGGAGCAUACAAUUGAUCCAAUUGAUUUCCUUGGCCAUUGCCACCAGCUACUACUCGUCGAUUCGUAUCACCCAUCUUCCAUUGGAUGAUACGACGAUUGAAGCAGUCAGCGACCAGUGAUUGGAUACUCAGUAUUUUACUGAGUAUUUUUGAUACUUUUACUGAGUAUUCAGGAUUACUUGAGUACAUUCUAACAGUAUCAGUAAAUUUACUUGUACUGAAAGAUUUUACUGAAAUACCAAACUUUGCACUCAUUUACUGAAGUACCAGUAUUUUAAGUACAAAAUAUACUGUAAUCGGAUAUCAACAUAUUCUUAUAUAUUACUACUUUGCAU